AUGACGAUUACAGAAUCCCACAGCCGAAGUUUCGAGUUGGCUGAUCCAGUAUUACUUGAGAAGAUUGACAAACUUUUCGCCUGCAACGUGGGGGAGUAUAUCAGUCUUCCCCAGCUCGUUGUUGUUGGCGAUCAAUCCAGCGGUAAGAGCUCGGUCCUCGAGGGCCUGACCAAAUUAAACUUCCCUCGAGACAGUGGGCUGUGCACGAGAUUUGCGACCCAAAUCAUCUUCCGUCGUGACAGUAACUUGGUUGAACGGGAGAUAUCUGCGUCUAUAAUACCUUCAUCUGAUGCAACUCCAGAGGAGGACCAGAAGCUGCGGGGCUGGAAGGCCUCCGCUCUUCAGUCACUGAACUCUCAGGAUUUCGGUCAUACGAUGAAAGAGGUCCACGAGGUUAUGAACCUUUCUUCAUCUCAUGGGGACCAAAGGCCGACCUUUUCCAACAGCGUCUUACAACUGGAGAUUCGUGGUCCGAAUGAGAAUCACCUCAGUGUCAUCGACGUGCCUGGAAUCUUCAAGAAUACAACGCUAGAUCGAACAACGAAGAACGACAUUGCGCUGGUUAGGAAUAUGGUCCUUCGCUACAUGCAAAACCAACGAUCUAUUAUGUUAGCUGUGGUUCCAGCAAACGUAGACAUCGCUACACAGGAGAUUAUUGAGAUGGCUAGUGAGAUCGACCCGGAAGGAGGAAGAACCUUACGAAUUCUCACCAAGCCGGAUCUCGUUGACAAAGGAGCCGAACAAAACGUGAUCCGGCUCAUCCAUGAUGGGAAUUUGAACGGGCAGCUGGGCUGGAUCCUGGUUCGAAAUCUCGGCCAACAGCAACUUCAGGCUGGUGAUGUGGAUCGAGAUGCUGAAGAAAGGCUAUUUCACCAAAAUACACCCUGGAAUCGCGUUCCGCCCGAAAAUUACGGGAUUUCCGCACUGAUGGUUCGACUGCAAGAGCUCCUGACAUCCAACGUCCGCCGCGAGUUCCCAUCGGUGCGCUCCGAAGUGAUCAAAAGGCUGAAAGACUCGAAAAGUCUUUUGCAAUCUCUGGGAGUUCAGCGAGAAACAGCAGAGCAGCAGAGGCGGAUUCUUCUAGAUGUUGUGUCGGGUUUUCAAGAAAUCACACAGCAAGCGCUGGCCACAAAUUACGGAGUCAAUGACAUGUUCGAUGAAGACAAGGACCUACGACUAGCGACACUAGUCUCACUCAGAAAUGACGUGUUUUCGCAUAACCUCGCGCAUUAUGGUCACACCUACACUUUCCGCUCGAAACCGGAGGAGACAGACGACAGCGUUGAUGAUCGUCAAGAAAGGCGCAACGAUGCAGCCGAUACUGAAUCCCAAAAUGUCAUGCAGAGCCGGAAAAGCUGGGACCCGACUCGAGACACCUCGGUAGAGGACCUCGGAGAGAUCCUGCAUGUUUCUGAGCCCGUGGAACCCUCUAUCAAAGGGGGUAUUCUUCCUUGGAUUGAGGGUGUCUACUCUAGCUCUCGGGGCUUUGAAAUUGGUACAUUCAACCAUACGUUACUGUCUACCCUCAUGAAGAAACAGUCGGUCAAAUGGUCGAUUCUUGCGCGGGGCUACAUAAGCGACAUCAUUAGCGUCGUUCAUGCCUUUAUACGCAAAGCACUCGAAGUUGUGUCCAAAGAUCUGCAGAUUUCCUCGAGUAUCAUGUCCCUCCUAAUGGACGACCUUAUCGAAAAAUACCAGCAGGCCAUCUCAACGGUCGACUUUCUGUUGAGAAUUGAACGCGAAGGGACUCCAAUUACCUUCAACCACUACUUCAAUGACAAUCUGGAAAAAUGUCGACAAAAGCGAUUGCAUUCGACUAUGGCCAAAAAGUCUUUCAAGGAUUGUAAACACGGAGAGGUCGUCCGACUGAGUGACCUUGCACACCAACAUCACAUGAGCAAUGUUGAUCAUACGGUCCAAGACAUCCAAGACAUCCUCGAUUCGUAUUACAAGGUAGCUCGCAAGAGGUUCGUUGACAAUGUGUGCAUGCAAGCAUCAGAUCAUUACCUAGUCACUGGACCCGAGGCCCCUAUGAAGCUGUUCUCACCGUCGUGGGUCAAUGAUUUAUCCAAUGAGAGACUGGAGGAGAUCGUUGGAGAAGGGAGGGCGUCGAAGCGCAGACGGCUGCAGCUUCAAAAAGAGAUUGAUGACCUGGAGGCUGGAAAGGCAGUUCUACUGCGAUAA